UUUCAGUUCAUGUACUGUUAGAGGAGAUGUUGGCAGGCUCUGAGAAUAUGUAGGUGCUUAAAUAUGAGCAGUCCAAUUCUCACUGAUAUAAGUUAUGCUACUUACCCAGAGAGACAGAGGUUAAUGUGAGACUCGCCCUGAAUUUGGUGGACACUAGGACCGUGGGGAGACUGGGCUUAGGGAAGGGGGACAGUGGAGUGUGUGUCUAUUUGAAACCCACAAAAAAAAGAGAAGAAAAACACAAUCACACAUAAUACAAUGUGUGACAGUCACUGCCGUACACAGCACAGGACAGGGGAGAGAGUGCUACUGCAGGAUGGGGAGAAGAGCGAGAGGAAGCAUCAUUUAUCCUGAAAGGUCCUGAUGGAAUCCAUAUUUCUUUCACUAAAUGUAUAUUUCAAAAGGCUGCGUCCGAGUUAACUGGACCUGACAAUAUGGAUGUACAGUUGGAGGACUGACUAUUUUACUUUUUUUUAAAUAAAUUGACUUGCUGGUUCAGGCCUACUCUAUCCAAACACGUGAGAUAUGUGACGCUUUGUAGUCAAACACCUGCUUAACCUGUUUGGUCUGAACUGACACAAACACAGUGCAUCAUGGGGCAUCUACAAAUUAAGGCAUCUGAAAUGGAGGAUUUUGUAUGAAGAAUGGCAGAUAAGACUGUUCCCAUGAUAGCCUCUGUGUCAAAUCUCUCCCCAACUAAUCUCACCACGUCCCCAUGGGAGCCCAAUCCUACAGUUCCUGCCGACGUGGGCGUCGUCACAAGCUCACAGUCUCAGAUCAAAGACCUUUUUGGGUUGUUCUGCAUGGUGACCCUUAACCUCAUUGCUCUGUUGGCAAACACUGGUGUGAUGGUGGCCAUCGCCCGCGCGCCUCACCUGAAGAGGUUUGCUUUCGUGUGUCACCUUUGUGCCGUGGACCUGCUGUGUGCCAUCCUCCUCAUGCCUUUGGGCAUCAUAUCCAGCUCAGCGUUUUUUGGCACUGUUGUUUUUACUAUUCUGGAGUGCCAGGUUUACAUAUUUCUCAAUGUUUUCCUCAUCUGUCUCUCCAUUCUCACCAUCACAGCCAUCAGUGUGGAGCGUUACUUCUACAUCGUGCACCCCAUGCGCUAUGAGGUCAAGAUGACCAUCAACCUCGCUAUUGGUGUCAUGCUCCUGAUCUGGAUCAAGUCAGUGCUCUUAGCUUUGAUUACCCUGUUUGGAUGGCCGGCUUAUGGGCAUCAUAGCUCUAUUGCUGCGGCUCACUGCUCUCUCCAUGCCAGCCACAGUCGCUUAAGAAGCGUGUUUGCUGUGUUCUUCAGCGUCAUUUGUUUCUUGGUUCCUGCGGUGGUCAUCUUUGUCGUUUACUGUUCCGUGUACAAGGUUGCUCGUUCGGCAGCCCUGCAGCAUGCGCCUCCGGUGCCAACGUGGGCAAACGCAAGCCUCACUAAGAACCGCUCGGACUCCAUCAACAGCGAGACCACCAUGAUCAGCACCACCCGUACUCUGCCUCAAAGACUGUCUCCAGAGAGGGCCUUCAGUGGAGGAAAGGCUGCACUUACCUUGAUAUUAAUCGUGGGUCAGUUCUUGGUUUGUUGGUUGCCCUACUUCAUCUUCCACCUGCAGAUGUCUCUGACUGGCUCCAUGCACAGCCCCGGGGACUUGGAGGAGGCAGUCACCUGGCUGGCCUACUCCUCCUUUGCAGUGAACCCUUUCUUCUACGGCUUGUUGAACAGGCAGAUCAGAGAAGAACUGGUCAAGUUCCGGCGCUGCUGCUUGACCCAGCCGGCGGAGUUUGGGGCCUCCAGCCACGAGGGCUCCCUUCAGGAGAACUUCCUCCAGUUCAUCCAGAGAAACAGCAGCACAGCUGAAACCACGCCCGGCACUGCCGACUCCCGUCCCAGAAACACUGUGGAUCCGAGCAAUAAGCUCCCUGGACAAAUACCUGAGGACCGCCCAUAGGCAUUGACCAACAUGACUUAUGGACCACAGUGCUGAAAUGUAGACCAUGCAAGUUUUUAUUUAAGGCAACCAUUUCUUCCAAAAGAAUAGAUUCACGUCACACGUCUAUUUUCAAAGAAUACUAACAUGCCCAUUAGUACAUUCACAUUAUUAUUGGUCACUUAAACAAUUUAUCCUGGCUUGAUAAGAGGGAUAACUUAUCUUAACGUGAGGACAAAAUCUUUGUUUUGUGCAAAAAAUCAAAUCAUUCAAAACACUGGGUAUGGAUAACUCAUGCUUUUGUCAUUGUUGUUUCUAUUGCAUGAAACAUUGAGUGUGGAUUUUGUCUACCACCAUUUACUGUGCAUUACAACUGCUUUGAGGGACCCCUAUGAUGCCAGUGAGGACAGCUGAUACAAUUACAACCAAUCAUUUGUUCAAUGCACAUGUGGUUGUUGUAAUUGCAGAGGCUUUCUCAUUUUACGUCAAGUUUCUAUAACAAGAGAUAUAACUUGUGAUAUAACAAGAAAUUGAAAUAAUGACGGAUGUCCCUGUGUGCAUUCAUACUACCUUUAUCUGAUUUUAAUUUCAAAGAAAAUGUAAGGUCUGUAAACAGGAAAAGACCACAAAGGAUAUUUUAAUGUGUAAUUCUAUGUUGUAAGAAACAAUGUGCAUUCUACAUAGACACAAACUGGUUACAUUGUAUUCUAUUUUGCAUUUCAAUGCAAGUAUGUAUAUUCAGACGUUAUAUUUGUGACUGCAUGUCAUUCAGUAAAGUAUUGGAGGUAAAUGUGGCAGUGCAGUUGAAUGACUAACACAAGGAAAAGCGCUCAUGAAUCGGAGGGACAAUAACCCAGAGUUCCUGUGUGCAACAGAUAUGCUGGUAGACGGUGAAUGUCAUCUGCCACUGUCGUCAUGGAAAUGGAGUGAGCCUGUGACUCACAUAGCAACAAGCACCUUUAGACUAGACAUGCGCUUUAUCUUUAAAUUCAAAUUGAUUGAUUGAUCUACUAAUUCUGACUGUUUUUCACAUACACAAUGAUUAAAAGGCCAAUUACCAAGUGAAUAGAGGAUGAGGUUAAGGUACAAAAUGAACUGCAAUAAUAGUGGCACGGAAACGGUGAGGCAGAGACAGUGAAUUUACAAAGCAAAUCACUAUUGAGCAUUGAUAAUGCUCAGCGAGUGGUAACAAAGUGCUUUUUUUAUGGCCUUUGCUGUUUGUGUUGAGUCUUUCACAAACAGCAGCAGUGGGAAAUAAAGAAUAGAGUGGUCAAAGCACAUAACUGCAAACACCAUCUUGCUGUAUGGCUGUUAACUGGAGUAUACACCACUCUUAGGUAACUGCGAUUGUGUUCUUAAUACUUUGGCGAUGAAUACUACACUCGCUCUCUCACCAGGAUAUCUGUACAGGAACCGACACGACACAGAAACAUGCUGUGAGACUUUUUUUAUCAAUGCAUAUGUUUCGUUCCUCCUUUUUCCUCAUGAAUGUCUAGCCAUUAAACAAUGAUACCAGCAGUCAAUUUUGACAUUAUUCAUCCACAAUUCAGGACUUCAGGACAACUGCUGACACAAUGUCAAUAAAAUCUCAUUCCAUGAA